ACGUGUGCUCUUCCGAUCUUUAUUAGAAAUCAAUGAGCGUCCAAGAGAAAGAGUCAGACAAAAACCCCACUUAGCUAUCUUCAUCAAAUUCGAAGCAAGAGAUAGAAACUUCUUUAACUUCAGCAAGAUAGCAGAACUCAAAGACGAUCACCAAAAAGAAUACGAGAAACUUGAAGGAAGAUUUCAAAAAAUCUACCGAACAAAACACAAAGUGAUAUAUCAAUAUCUUCGAUCUCAGCCCACUUCUCUUAACACAAAUUAUGGAGAAAAUGUUCAAGGACAACCUACCAGAACUACCUCUCUCCCCAGACCUGGUCCCAGCACAAAUAAAA